GGGCAAUGUGCACACAAGCUUUCUCAAAAUGGUCGGUGCUUCCAUGGCGAAAAGAAAACCCAAAGUCCCCAAGCAACCACCCCCGAAAGAAUCCUGUAGCUGUUUCAAUUUUCUGCUCAAAUUCAUCUAUCGAGCCCCGGCUGCAGUUUUCUUUCUCUUUCUUAUCUACCUCUGGUCUUCCUCCACCACCAUUAUCUCCGGCAACGUUGUCCACGUUUGUGUUUCCUCCCGGAAGCUCAAUGACCAUUACUGCCUUUCUGCUGGUAAAACCCAACCCAAGUUUGAAAUCCCAAUUCCUGUCAUCAAUCAUAGUUCCAUUUACCUCCACACUCUUGAUAAGAGUUCAAACAUCCCUCUUCCCUUAUCGCUUCCUUUGUACCACGGCAAUGGUUCCACUAGUCCUUCUCAACCGACUGUCAACGGCGAGAAGGUGAGAGAGACCGCUGAAGUUAUCCGAGCUGAGUCUGAUCCGAUAAUUAUGAGGAAUGGUGAGAACAAAGACCGAGAGGAGGAAGUUGUGAACGCAAAGAAGGAAGUUGAAGAACAGAUGCAACUGCACAGAUCAUGGAUUUCGGAUAAGAAGCAAGCCGGGUGCGAAGGGAGGGGAGUUUAUGUGUAUAACUUACCAUCCAAGUUUAAUUUUGACUUGAUUGGUCAGUGCAGAGACAUGAUUACAUGGUUGGACUUCUGCAAGUACUUAAAAAAUGAAGCCAUGGGAGAACCGAUUCCAAAAUUUGGAAAUGGUUGGUACCAAACACAUCAGCACUCAUUGGAGCCAAUUUUUCAUCAGAGGGUUAUGAAGCAUCCUUGCAGGGUUUACAAUGAGGAUGAAGCCAAGCUUUUCUACAUUCCAUUUUACGGCGGUUUGGAUAUUCUAAGAUGGCAUUUCAAGAACGUCUCCAGCGACGUGAAAGACACGUUGAGUUUGGAGCUCAUUACAUGGCUUCGGAAGCAAAGGUCAUGGACUAAAAAUUCUGGCAAGGAUCAUGUCAUUGUGUUGGGAAAAAUUUCAUGGGAUUUUCGGAGAAAGGACCGCUCUUGGGGAACUAGAUUCUUGGAGAUUGAUCAAAUGAAAAACCCUGUCAAGCUUUUGAUUGAGAGGCAGCCAUGGCAGCCAAAUGACAUAGGAAUUCCACACCCAACAUACUUCCAUCCAAGCUCAGAUGAGGACAUCAUGGCAUGGCAAUGGAAGAUCAUAAGCUCACACCGAAAACAGUUAGUGAGCUUUGCUGGUGCAGCAAGGCCUGGUCAAGCUAAGAGCAUAAGGUCUAUAUUAAUUAAACAGUGCAGUUCUUCUUCCGAAUAUGGAAACCAAUGCCGGUUUGUUGACUGUAGUUUGGGCGGAUGUGAUCAGCCAGAGCCAGUCAUUGAGCUCUUCAUGGAGUCUGAGUUCUGCCUGCAGCCUCCAGGGGACAGCCCUACUAGAAAAUCCUUAUUUGACUCAUUGAUUUCGGGCUGCAUUCCAGUGCUUUUCGAUCCCUUUACCGCUUAUUACCAGUAUUCAUGGCAUUUGCCGGAGGAUCACGGAAAGUAUUCUGUAUUUGUGGACCAAGAGGAAGUGAGGGGGAUGAAGGUGAAUGUGUUUGAUACGCUGAAGAAGAUUUCAAAGGAGAAGAGAGAUGAUAUGAGGAGGUUUAUAGUGUAUGAGUUGUUGCCGGGUUUGGUGUAUGGGGAUUCAAAUGCAAAAUUUGAAAUCUUUGAGGAUGCAUUUUCCAUCACAAUGACUAAUCUCAUGGAGAGGGUGACCAAAUUGAAAUCAAAUGUGUAGUUUGAGGAUACAUAUUUUAUUUAAUUUUUUGUCUGUUCUUUCUUUCUUCCUUUUUUUUUCUAUUUGGUCUCACCUUUGAAUUUGUAAACAAUGCAUUGUGGGGAGGGAAAUGAAAAUUUGAGGAGCACAAAAACAGUUCAUAUUGUUUUAUUUAACUUUGUAAUUAUUGGCACAUACAUUUUUUUUUUAAUGAA